AUGACUUCCAGCCAGACACGUACACCCGCCACUCCGUCCUCUCCAGUGUCGAGCAGAUCGUUUCUAUCUCGGCUCAAAUCGCCCUUGACCUCCAAGACUCGCUAUUACACCGAGUUUUAUAUCCAGUCUGACGACCCGCAUCGGCAUUACACUCCAGGAGAUAUCAUCAGCGGAACUGUCAUUAUCAAGAUUGUCAAACCCCUGAGAAUCACUCAUUUGGUCGUCUCCCUACAUGGCUAUGCCCAGGUGUUCAAGAACCCAAAUACCCCGGGGGACGCGUACAAAAACUAUUGUUCAACAGUCGGCUCUGGGAGAGGAAAGAAGGCAGGCAGUUACUUUGGCAAUGGGUUCGUUUCGCUGUUCGAGGACGAGGUUGUGCUUUGCGGCGAGGGGAGACUGUCCGAGGGCGUGUACCACUUCAAUUUCGAACUCGAGUUUCCGUCCAAAGGCUUGCCCAGCAGCAUCGACUUUGAGCGCGGAACUAUUUCCUAUAUGCUCAACGCUACCUUGACCCGCCCCACUACCAUGUCUCCGACCGCGUCAUGCGAUACGAAGGUUUACCUUACCGAAUCAGUCGACAUCGCACCCGUACCGCCGCUAAAGCCCCGUGUCAUCUCAUUGGAACCUAUAUCUAGACGAACGCGUGCUAGGUCAACGCGGAAACGGCCAACCGAGGAAGCAUCACACACACCUUCUACUUCAGAACCUCAGCCAGUAGGGUCUUCUUUGGAAGCAACAAAUACCAUCGAGGAGACAGAGGGCCCACGAAGCCCCUCACCUAGCGACGUGAGCUAUGAGAGUCAGAGGAGUAGCGGGAACGCUUCUGGCACUGAGUAUGGCAUUCGCUCAGUCAACACAGCUACAGAUGGAUCGGGCUCACAGAAUGGAAGCCGGACGACCCUGAAAGGAAAGACGAUUACAGCUACAAUCGACGUACUCAAGGGAGGCUUUCUUAGAGGCGACCAAAUACCGAUUAAAGUGACCGUAAACCAUACAAAGCACAUACGGAGCCUGAAAGGCAUUAUCAUCACGCUGUAUCGUCAAGCGAGAGUUGAUAUGCAUCCUGCACUACCUGUUGUACCCAACAGCAAAGGCGACAAGACCAAAUCCGAAGAUUACUAUCCAAAGUCAAGAACUGGAUUGGGGGGCUUGUCGCUCUCAUCGGCUGGAUCUAGUCAUUUGUUUCGCAAAGAUCUAUGCCAAUCGUUCGCACCGCUCUUCGUCGAUCCUAGGACGUUAAUGGCCGAAGUGAAGUGUACAGUGCGUGUGCCCGAUGAGGCAUUUCCCACAAUAUCAAAUGUUCCGGGCGCAAUGAUAUCCUUCAAAUACUACGUCGAGGUAGUCGUGGAUAUACAGGGCAAAUUGACAGGCCUCGACCGAAUGGUAUCUAAUGCUGGACUUGUCAACCUACCUUCAGCAGCUGGUGGUACCUCGGCUAUGGCACGCGACGAUGCUACUGGCAGCAUGUUCUCGACCUGGGGCGGCAAUUUUGUGGAUACCGAUCAGAUUCGCCGCGAAAAGGGCAUCGUUUCUGCUUUGUUCGAAGUUGUUAUCGGUACCAGGGAUAGCGAUAGAAAUGGCAAGAAGAAACAAACUCAAGAACAAAUGGUCGACAACAACGGCGCCUACGGGGGGCACAUGGAGCCGAACGCUGAACACGGCUACGAUCAGUACUAUUACGAGCAAGACGAGAACGGACAGUAUUACGAUUACAACUACGAUCCAACGUAUUAUGAAGUUCCUGGGUACGAACAACAUAGUACAAGCGGAGCUGCAUCCUUCCCGGUACCUGCAGCUGUUCCCGAGGAAGAACAAGGAAUGUCAGAGAAAGAGCGAUUACGAAGAGCAGAGGAGCGUUUAUUGCCUUCUCAGCCGCCUGAUACUGCCGGACCAUCUGCGCCUUCAGGAACGGUCCAAUACGGUAUACCAGCGUCGGCGCCAUUGUUACCGGAAGACGACGAUCCAAACCCCCCUUAUGUCGCAGCAUCUUCGUCUUCUUCCACUCCGGCGCAUCCCCCACCCCCAUUCCGUGCUGCCUCAUCGCCAUUAUUAUCGUCGCGCACAACUCCGGCACCGCUUUUGCAGCGUCGUGUUACGAACAUUACGGACGAUGAGACAAGAACCAUAAGGACUGAAUCCUCGCAUACCAUACAUCCAAAUCGCCUAGAACCAUCCACUAGUGAAGAUAACAACGACCAGUCGAAACCACUACCGCCGCUACCACCGCAGUCACCCAGCACAGUACAAGGGUCGGCGCCUGAGUACGUCGCUAGCUCAUCAUCACAUGUCGAACCAACCGACGACAAGCAAGAGAUGACACGGCGGAGACUGGAAAUGGAAAGAAGCGCGCCCCCUACGGAUCAUGAUGAAGAUGGGGAACCAUCGCACGCUCCUUCAGCACCGCCGCUAGACAGAAUGCAAAGCUUACAGUUGGCACCUUCGGCACCUAUGCUGAACGACGACGACGAAGAUCUGGUAGGUGCUGUGCGUCCAGGCCGAAGUACGCAAGGUACGCUACAGGACCACAGACGGGAAAGCGAAGCCUUGCCGGAGUACCGGAGGUGA